AUGCACCCAAAUUACACAGACGCCACACCGAUCUCCUAUAGCCAUUCUGAUCCCAUGCAGACUGACUUUCAGGAUCCGCCCCCACCCACCCAGUCAUCUCAUCCUCACCCCAACUCCUCCUUCACUUACCAGCAUUAUCUUGACCUUCGCCAGAAUAUUCCUUCUCUUCAGCAGACCAUGACUGGUCUUCGCCUAGAUUAUCAACUUUAUAGCUCUCAGGUUACUGACUAUCUUGACGAGAUCUUAGGUUUACAUGACGAUUUCACCUAUUUCCGCGACGAUUUCUUCCGUCACUAUGCAACCCCGUCAGAGUAG